AUGGACCUCGACGACGACUCCCAACCCUCAGCCUCAGUCAUUUCCCAUCUUCCUCCCCCCUCCCAUCAACCCCAACAAAGUCAUUACCCCCCCUACCCAUCCGAUGACGUUGCCCACCCGCCCCGGCAAGCUACGUACUACUAUCCCCCCCGCCCCAACCGCUGGACCGGCCCCCCCUCAACCUGGCUCACUCACACAGCCGCCGACCGCGCAGUCUGGACUUCUCUGUCUAACUCCCGCGCUCAAGACCUUUCCAUCCACCUUUACAAUGCAUACGGCUUACGCAAACGCCUUCGUAAGCCGCCCAAAGUUCCCGGAGAAGACGAGGAUUUCAACACUGAGGAGGGGCGGUGGGAAAGGAAGAGACAGAAACAGACGGAGUGGGCCCCCCCCGCGAGGUGGACGGCGUGGCCGGUCAGGGCGGGGGAUGUACCCGGAGAUGGGUUGUUGCCGGAGGUGAGGGAUGGGAGUGAAGAGUUUGGGGUGAGGAGGAGGAGGAGAGAAUUGGGGUUGGAAGGGGAUGGGUUCGCGGGCGGGGAGUUGGAAGAGGAGAUAAGUGCGGCUGUGUUGAGGGCUGCGGGGGUGAGGUUUAGGAAGAGGGGUUUGGAACAGCAAGAGGCAAAAGAGGGGGGGCAAGUAAUGGAGUCGGCUGAGCAAAGGAAUGCUACGGAAGCAGAGACGGAUGGAUGGGUGACGGGGGAUGAGGGGUAUGUGAGAAUGGGAAAGGAGAAAAAACCGAUUGGGAGACCGAGGAAGAAGAGAGGGUCGUCGCCGGAUUAUGUGCCUACGCUCUGUGCGGACGAUGACAGGAAUUAUGCGCUGGUGAGGCCGGCUGUGAGGAGGAUUAUGGCCAAGCUGGAUGAUACGCUCAUGAUCCUGCAUAAUGCGCGCGUCGCGGGCCUGAGGAAUAUGUCCGAGUCGGAUAGUGAUGGCGAGGAUGAGGACGACGACGAGAGUACAAAGCAGGAAGCGGAGAGUGAAGGGGAGAAGCUGGCGACCGAGGCAGAGAGCAACGAAGAUAACGACGACGACGACAACGACGACGACGACGACGACGAGGAGGAGGAGGAGGAGGAGGAGAAGGAGGAGAAGCCAUCUGUUCCGGCAUCGCUACGACCGAGGAACAGGGGCGGCAGGCCGAGGAAGAAACAUGUCCCGCUAGAGGGAGAAACAGAAGAGGAAAUGCUCAUCCGAAUCGCAAGGCAAAACCACAGGAAAGUACCUACCUUUAACAACAACGAAGCCUCUACAAGUCGCUGCCGCUCAACAACCCGCAAACCCCGUAACACACACACCAAAUCCGAGCCCGAGAGCGAAACCGACACCCGCCGCGGCCGCUCCCGAAGCAGAAAACCUGUAAAGUCUAUAUCCCAAUCCCGCUCAAAGUCAACUACUCGCUUCCCCAGCAAACGCCCCGCCUCCUCUCGUUCAACCUCCCGCUCAACCUCCCACUCCCGCAGCUCCAGCGCCUCUGAUUACGGUGAGAAACGCCUCGGCCGCUGGGGCCUGCGCGACUGGCGUGACGUGCUGGGUGCUGCUGCGCUGGCUGGGUUUGAGCCAGCGGUGUUGGCACGCGCGGCGCAGAGAUGUGCGAAUCUUUUUGGGGAGGAGAUGGUGCUUCAUACGUUGAGGGAACAGCCCGUCAAUGAUGGUGAAGGUACGGGGGUAGUGGGGGGGAGUGGCAUUGAGACGGUGAGGUACGUACCAGGGGGAAGGGUUGGUUUGGAUGAGGACUGGGAGGAAAGUGAAGAGGAUUUUGAAGAAGUACUUGCUCAGCGCAGAACGGUUGCUCGACAGCCGAGUCUGUCCGUGGAGCCCGGGAAUACGAGCGAGGGGUCAAGAGGGAGGAGUCGGAGUCAGAGUCGGCCGAGGGGGAGGUCGCAGACUCCUGCUCUGCAGUCGUUGGUCUGCCCGCAUGAAACGUGUUAUCGGUCGAGGCAUCCCUUUACCAGGCGUGACCACUUACUACGACAUCUACGAAUGACACAUGGCGAACAGCCCGAACGAAGCCGUACCCGCAGCCGGUCACGCACGCCUGGACCAGGACAUCGCUGUCCGCAUGCGGAUUGUGAUCGGGCUGUGGAUGGAUUCUCGAGGAGGACGAAUUUGGUGAGGCAUCUGAGGCUAGUACAUGGGGACUCUGGUCAGAAUAUGGGGCAGGGGAUGGGAAUGGUUACGGGGGAUGAGGAGGAGGAGGAGGAUAGUGCAGAUGAGGUUGAGGGGGGUGUGCAUGUCGAUCGAUUUUUGAAGCCUAUCAAGCCUAGGAAGGGCUGGAGAGCUGAGGAUAAGGGCCCAAAGAGGGUUGUUAAGAGGAGGAGGGGAGGAAAAAAGAGGAGGUGUGACGAGGAGAGCGAGGAGCUUGAUACGUUUCUGUCGGAUUAA